AUGGCGGAGACGCAGGAGGUUCGAGAAAGAAACGGUGAGAAAAAACCAGAGGAAAAAGAAGUAGCAGCAGCUCCAUUGAAGGCUCUGAAUCACGUGUCGAGGGUUUGCAGAGACGUGAAGGAAUCGAUAGAGUUCUACACGAAGGUGCUAGGGUUUGUGGAGAUAGAGAGGCCUCAAGUUCUGGAUUUUGAAGGAGCUUGGUUGUUUAACUAUGGAGUAGGCAUCCAUCUGGUUCAGUCUCAGGAUGAUGAGAAAUUGCCUUCCAAAACUCACCAGUUGGAUCCCCAGGACAAUCAUAUUUCUUUUCAGUGUGAGGACAUGGAAGGAAUGGAGGAGAGGUUGAAGAAGAUCAAUGUGAAGUACAUGAAGAAGACGAUGGAAGCAGAGGAUGGGACAGUAAUGAAUCAGUUAUUCUUCAACGAUCCUGAUGGUUUCAUGGUUGAGGUUUGUAACUGUGAGGAUCUGAAGCUUGCUCCUUCUUCUCCUUCUUCUCUCAGCAAACUUAAGCUUCCCUCCGACCACCACACUCCUCCCGUCGAAACCAACCACGCCACCGCCCACCGCCAUGCAAAAUAA